AUGGAUCGUGCUUUGUUUCAAGAAUGGUUUGAGAAGAAACAAUUUGUGCCCAACGUGAGAGCCUACAAUGAAGAAAAUGGACUGCCUGAUAGAGCGUUGUUACUCAUAGAUAACGCUCCGUCCCAUCCGGAUGACUUAGAGCUGGUUAUUGGUGAUAUAAAAGCCAUUUUUCUACCACCGAAACGUUACUUCGAUCAUACAACCAAUGGACCAAGGGAGUUCUACAAAGCGUUGAAGCAAAAUUAUCGGAAAAAAGCUGCUCCGAAGGCCUGCUUGAGGAAAAAUGAAGACCUCACAAUUCUCCAAAAGCUUAAGAAAAUCACGAUCAAAGAUGUAAUUUUCUGGGUGGCAGAGGCUUGGGAGAACACAAGCGUAGGAGCUCUGCAGAAAUCUUGGAAAAAUCUUUGGCCUGAUCUGCAGUUUGUUGAAGAGGUUGUUCCACCGGUAAAUGAAUGCGAACUUCUUCCUCUUGUAAAAAAAAUACCGGGAUGCGAAAAUGUAGAGAAGGAGUGUGUUGAUGAGUGGACGGCUGUAGAUGACAAAGGCUUCGAGGAGUACACAGACGAAAGACAUCGUGGCACAGGUGCAAGGAGUCCCAGCUGA